AUGUCUGUGCCCAAGAAACGUAUCCAUGGAAAGUCGUCGCCUCCCACCGGGGACGUGGAUGAUCCUCAGUUGAAAUACACAAAGGGCGCGUCAAAAUGUGAACAAAUCUCUGAACACUGGCUAUUACAAUCAUUACCUGCGCCACAAUCGCACUAUAGCUUCUGGGCUACUGUGGUUACUUUAGUCGCCUUUGCUGCUAGAUUUUAUAAGAUUUGGUAUCCUAAGGAAGUUGUUUUUGAUGAAGUACAUUUCGGGAAGUUUGCAUCUUAUUAUUUGGAAAGAUCGUAUUUCUUUGAUGUUCAUCCCCCAUUUGCUAAGAUGAUGAUUGGCUUCAUCGGUUGGUUAUGUGGUUAUGACGGUUCCUUCAAAUUUGAUGAGAUUGGAUACAGUUACGAAACACAUCCAGCCCCAUAUAUAGCGUACCGUUCCUUUAAUGCCAUAUUGGGUACUUUGACCGUACCAAUCAUGUUUAACACUUUGAAAGAAUUGAACUUUAAGCCUAUUACAUGUGCAUUUGCAUCCCUUUUGGUUGCAAUCGAUACCGCCCACGUUACAGAAACAAGAUUGAUUCUUCUGGAUGCUAUUUUGAUCAUUUCCAUUGCUGCUACUAUGUACUGCUACGUCCGUUUCUACAAGUGCCAACUGCGCCAACCAUUUACAUGGAGUUGGUACAUUUGGUUGCAUGCUACCGGUUUGUCUUUGUCAUUCGUCAUUUCCACAAAAUAUGUUGGUGUUAUGACUUACUCUGCUAUUGGUUUUGCAGUGGUAGUAAACCUGUGGCAAUUAUUGGAUAUCAAGGCCGGUUUAUCUUUAAGAUUGUUUAUGAAACAUUUCAGCAAAAGGCUAAACGGCCUUGUGUUGAUCCCUUUUUUGAUUUACUUGUUUUGGUUCUGGGUUCACUUUACCGUAUUGAAUACUUCAGGCCCGGGCGAUGCGUUUAUGUCUGCGGAAUUCCAGGAAACAUUGUAUGAUUCUCCGUUAAAUAUUGAUUCAAAGGUAGUUAACUAUUUCGACAUUAUUACCCUCAAACACCAGGAUACAGACGUGUUCUUACACUCGCACUUGGCGCAUUAUCCACAACGUUAUGAAGAUGGUCGUAUCUCCUCUGCUGGCCAGCAAGUGACUGGUUAUGCACACCCUGAUUUUAAUAACCAAUGGGAGGUGUUACCACCACAUGACAGUGAUAUCGGUAAAGGUCAAGCGGUUCUCUUGAACCAGCAUGUCAGAUUAAGACACGUAGCCACUGACACCUACUUGUUAGCCCAUGAUGUGGCUUCACCAUUCUACCCCACUAAUGAGGAAGUUACCGCUGUAUCAUUAGAAGACGGUGACGGAGAGUCAUAUCCGGAAACUUUAUUUACUUUUCAACCACUAAAAAAAUCAGAUGAGGGCCAUAUCUUGAAAAGUAAGACUGUUUAUUUCCGACUUUUCCAUGUUGACACCUCUGUAGCCUUGUGGACACACAAUGACGAACUAUUGCCUGAUUGGGGGUUCCAACAACAGGAGGUUAACGGUAACAAGAAAGUCACUGACCCUUCGAAUAAUUGGGCUAUCGAUGAAAUCGUUAACUUGGAUGAAGACCGAAAGGUAUAUGUUCCAAAGGUUGUUAAGCCAUUACCAUUUUUGAAGAAAUGGAUCGAAACUCAAAAAUCCAUGUUCGAGCACAACAAUAAACUGUCGUCGGAGCAUCCAUUUGCCUCUGAACCAUACAGUUGGCCCGGUAGUUUAAGCGGUGUUUCAUUCUGGACUAAUGGUGAUGAGAAGAAACAAAUCUAUUUCAUCGGUAACAUUAUUGGGUGGUGGUUCCAGGUUGUUUCAUUGGCCGUUUUUGUCGGCAUUAUCGUGGCCGAUUUGCUUACAAGACAUCGCGGUUACUAUGCUUUAAACAAGAUAACAAGAGAGAAGUUAUAUGGACCAUUAAUGUUUUUCUUCAUUUCCUGGUGUUGUCACUAUUUCCCGUUCUUUUUGAUGGCUCGUCAAAAGUUUCUGCAUCAUUACUUACCAGCUCAUUUAAUCGCUUGUUUAUUUUCGGGGGCAUUAUGGGAGGUUAUCUUCAGUAAUUGCAAAUCUUUGAAUUUGGAAACCGAUGAAGAUGUUCCAGGUACACCUUAUGAAAAGAACCCCAAGAUUUACGUCAAACCAUAUGCAGUGUUUUUGGUGUGUGCCUCCACUGCUGUCAUUUGGUGCUUUGUCUACUUUGCACCAUUGGUAUAUGGUGACGUCAGCUUAUCUCCAUCAGAAGUCGUUUCUAGGGAAUGGUUCGACAUCGAAUUGAACUAUUCGAAGUGA